AUGGCAUUAAGGACAUUUAUAAUUAAUUUGAACUUACAAAUGGCAGAAAAAAAUGGUUAUAAUCAAGACAACUAUAAUGAUACGGUUACAAAUCGGCUGUCAGGACGACAUUUUAUUACACGUAUACCAUCAACAGCAUCAAAACAAAACCCCAGAAGAGUCUGUAAAGUUUGUGCAGAUAAAAUAAAAUAUAUAAGUGGCAAAAGAGGAAGAAAAGAAACUUCGUUUUAUUGCAAACAGUGUGAUACACCGUUAUGUAUUGAGGACUGUUUUGAAAAAUAUCACACUAUAAAUAAUUAUUGGUUGUAA